AUGGUCGUCGGCUCGGUGCUCGUGACAGGCGGCACAGGCUACAUCGGCUCCUUCACCGCCCUCGCCCUCCUCGAAGCAGACUACAAAGUCGUCAUCGUCGACAACCUCUACAACUCGUCGCAAGAAGUGCUGCGCCGCAUCGAGCUGAUCAGCGGCAAGAAAGCGCAUUACCACACCUGCGACAUCACCGACGAGGCGGCGCUGGAUGCCGUCUUCGCCGCACACCCCGACAUCGACAAUGUCAUCCAUUUCGCCGCGCUAAAAGCUGUGGGAGAGAGCGGGGAGCGGCCGCUGGACUACUACAAUGUGAACGUGUUUGGGUCGCUGUGCCUGCUGCGCGCGAUGAAGAAGCACCACGUCACCAAUAUCGUCUUCUCCAGCUCCGCUACGGUGUACGGCGAUGCGACGCGCUUCCCCAACAUGAUUCCCAUCCCUGAAGAGUGCCCGCUGGGCCCUACAAAUCCGUACGGAAAUACCAAGGUCACGGUGGAGAUGAUGAUUACGGAUCAUGUGAAUGCGGAGCGGGCGAACGCGAAGAAGGCGGGCAAGAGCGGGGAGGAGUUCAACGCGGCGUUGUUGCGGUACUUCAACCCGGCCGGCAGUCAUCCGAGUGGCAUCAUGGGCGAAGAUCCGCAGGGCGUGCCGUACAACUUGCUCCCGCUGCUUGCGCAGGUCGCGGUGGGGAAGCGGGAGAAGUUGCUUGUGUUUGGAGAUGAUUACGCGUCCAAGGACGGCACCGCCAUCCGCGACUACAUCCACAUCCUCGACCUCGCUGCUGGCCACCUAAUAGCCCUCAACUACCUUCGUGCCAAUCACCCGGGUGUCCGUGCCUGGAACCUCGGGACAGGUAAAGGCAGCACGGUGUUCGAGAUGGUGGCCGCCUUCAGCAAAGCCGUGGGACGAGAUCUUCCCUACCAAGUCGUCGGGCGACGGGCGGGCGACGUGCUCGAUUUGACUGCUAAUCCGACUCGGGCGAACACCGAGCUAGGGUGGAAGGCACACCGGACGCUGGAAGAUGCGUGUGCGGACUUGUGGCGGUGGACGGAGAACAAUCCGCAGGGGUACAGGCAAGAGCCGCCGAAAGCGUUUCUGGAGGCUUUGGAGGGGCAGAGGAGGGGGUGA